AUGUUAAGCAGGGUCCGCUGUAGAGAGGCACUUAUAAAAGAAAGUGUUGGCAGUUGGGAGCCCAACAUUGACCUGCUGGAGGCCUUUGUAGAGCAUUGGAAGGGCAUCACUCACUACUACAUUGAAAACACAGAUGAAAACACUCCAGCCAAGAAAACAGACAUUCCUUGGCGGCUGAAGCAGAUGCUGGACAUCCUGGUGUAUGAGGAGAAGCAGCAGGCAGCUGCUGGCGAGGCGGGGCCCUGUCUGGAGUACCUGCUGCAGCACAAGGUCCUUGAGACCCUGUGUACACUGGGCAAGGCUGAGUAUCCCCCAGGCAUGCGGCAGCAGGUGUUCCAGUUCUUCAGUAAAGUUCUGGCCCAGGUGCAGCACCCUCUCCUUCAUUACCUCAACGUCCACAGGCCUGUACAGAAACUCCUCCGGCUCGGCGGGACAAUCCCUGGAUCCCUCACAGAAAAGGAAGAGGUUCAGUUCACCACUGUCCUCUGCUCCAAGAUCCAGCAGGAUCCAGCCCUGCUCACCUACAUCUUAGAAGGGAAAAAGAAUAUAGGUAAGAAGAAGGCAUCCAAAGAAUCCACCACUCAGUCUAAAGAAGACUACAAACAUGAUGGGGAAUGCAGUGGGGCCCAGGCCUCAAACACCCAGCUGCCUGCUGAGACCAAGGAGCCAGAUGGUGGGAUUGGAGAAAGCAACCUGGUUACCUCCCUGAUUGGGUUGUGCAAGAGCAAGAAAAGCCGUGUCGCCCUGAAGGCCCAGGAGAAUCUGCUGCUCCUGGUGAGCGUGGCUUCCCAGGCGGCUGCCACCUUUCUGGUACAGAAUAGCCCCUGCUGUUCUGCAGUCACUCAGCACCUUUGCCAGCUCUACCAGUCCUUGCCCACCUUCCUUGACCCUGCGGACAUUGCUUCUUUAGAAGGCAUCAGUUGGAGGUUACCCAGUGCCCCGUCUGAUGAGGCUUCAUUUCCUGGCAAAGACGCCUUGGCUGCCUUCUUGGGCUGGUUUGACUACUGUGACCACCUCGUCAUGGAGGCACACUCGGUUGUUGCAGACUCCUUGGCAAAGACUGUGGCUGAGAAGUUAUUUGUGGAAAUUCUGCAGCCCCAGCUCUUGCAUGUGUGUGAGCAGAGGGUCCUGACCGCCACAGCCCUGCUGACAGCCAUGCUGCGCCAGCUUCGCUCCCCGGCCCUGCUGCAGGAGGCAGUAAAUUUUCUCCUGGGUACAGAGCGGCGGCCCGAAGCCCCUGAGGACAGCCCCUGCACUCUGUGUGCUCACCUUAUUGAGCACUGCAACCAUCUCUCUGAUGAGAUCAGCAUCGCCACGCUGAGAUUGUUUGAGGAGCUGCUCCAAAAGCCACAUGAGUGGAUCAUCCACAGCCUGAUCCUGCGCAGCCUCGAGGGCCGAUUCUACGUGGCCCGGGGCUUGUCAGAGCCUGAGAACUAUGAAGACACCCUGGAUCUGGAGGAAGACCCCUACUUCACUGACGGCUUCGAAUCUGGCUUUCAGCCCUCCUCAAAGCCUCCACCAGGUCCUUCUACCAACUCAGAUGGCAAAACAGCAGUAACGGAGAUUGUCAACAGUUUCCUCUGUCUAGUUCCCGAGGAAGCCAAGACAUCAGCUUUCCUGGAGGAGACUGGCUACGACACGUACGUCCAUGAUGCAUAUGGACUGUUCCAGGAGUGCAGCUCCCGAGUUGCCCCCUGGGGCUGGCCUCUGGGCCUCACACCCCUGGAUCCCCAUGAGCCAGAAAGGCCUUUCUUUGAGGGUCGCUUCCUCCAAGUGCUCUUUGACCGGAUGUCACGGAUUUUGGAUCAGCCAUACAGCCUGAACCUGCAAGUGACCUCAGUCCUGUCCCGGCUUGCCCUCUUCCCCCACCCCCAUAUCCAUGAGUACCUCCUGGAUCCCUACAUCAACCUGGCCCCUGGCUGUAGGAGCUUGUUCUCUGUGCUUGUCCGGGUGAUUGGAGACUUGAUGCAGAGAAUUCAGAGGGUACCCCAGUUCCCAGGCAAAUUGUUGCUGGUACGAAAGCAGCUAAUGGGUCAGGUCCCUGGAGAACAGCUGGACCAUCAGACCCUCCUUCAAGGUGUGGUAGUACUUGAGGAAUUCUGCAAGGAGCUGGCUGCCAUUGCUUUCGUCAAGUUCCCCCCACAUGGUCCUCACCUGAACCUCUCCCCACCCCCGUAA